AUGGAAGAGGCGAGGAAAUUCAGUGUCAAAGAAUUGGUUGGUGGUAGUGGAAAGAAACAAAAUUGGAAGGGAUUGGGUAUUGCAUUCUUAGUUAUUACUGUUAUAUGUUCAUUUAUUAUUGGAGCUAUUUAUUUAACUUCUAAACGUCAAAUAGUUAGAGAAAAAGAUUUAUUACCAUUUACAUUGAAAGAUAUAUUUGAGAUAAAACUUCCUAAACCUUGGAAUGGCACAUGGAUUUCAGGUUAA